AUGUCUCAUCAGUCUGGAAUUCGUCCCAGUCCCGAGUUGAUUCAAACAUUCUCAAAAGCAGGUCAAUCAACUAGAGCCAUCCAAGUCAUCAUAUCUGACGAAACUCUGGUGGCAAAUGAAACAAUAAAUACCUCCUCAAAUUUUGAAAACGAUUUCUCAACCUUCCAGUCAUGGUUGACUCCAACUGCACCGUGUUUCGUCCUCUAUCGUAUGGACACACUGACCAAGACUGGAGAUUAUGAUUGGUUGAUACUGCAAUACGUGCCAGACAAUGCAAAAGUGCGCGACAAGAUGCUGUAUGCCGCUAGUAGGGCAACAUUGACCAAGGAGCUUGGAGAUGCAAAGUUUGUUGAUUCGUUAUAUGGAACUACUCCUGCUGAAUUCACACUGGACGGGUAUAGAAAACAUGUCGCUGCUAAGAAUGCAGAAGCACCAAGAACUGAACGUGAAAUGGAAAUGGCUCGCGUGAAAUUAGCAGAAAGUGGAGAAAUGGGUUCAUCUGUAAGAAAGACUCUCGUGGCUUCAGGUGUGAGCUUCUCCUGGAGUGCCGAUGCUUCCAAGCGAUUACAAGAGUUUAAAUCUAAAGGGAUCAAUCUCUUGCAGCUGAAAAUCGAUGAAGAAUCAAUUGAAACUGAUCGAGCAGACAUAUCAUCGCCAUCCGACAUUUCCGCCAACGUAUCAACCACAAGCCCACGAUUCGUGUUGUAUCGAUAUAAAAACCCAGGUGAUUCUUCGGAUGCUACGAUAUUCGUGUAUGUGUGUCCUGGAGCUUCGAAAGUCAAGGAGAGAAUGCUGUAUUCUUCAACAAGAGGAAAUGUUAUUCAGGUUAUUGAAGAGUCGUUGGGUGCUCUUGGAAAGAAGGUCGAGAUUGACGAUCCAUCAGAAAUACAACCUGAAUGGCUGGAAGAUUUCCUGUUCCCAAAGGUCGAAACGUCAACAACAUCCAAAUCAUUUGCCAAACCAAAAGGACCUGGUGGUGCACGAGGAGCUACCAGAUUGACAAAAGUUGGUGUAUAA